CUGCUUUCAUUAAUUUGUUGCUCUGACAGCAAGAUCUACAGAAUACGACUAGUACUAGAGAACAAGCUAGCCAUCCAUCAUUCAUCAGAGGUUCAAACCACAUUCAUCCAAUCUGAAAAUCUGAUCCCAUUUUCCAGCCACCCUCAUCCCUUGAAGUCAAUCCUCCUUAAUGAAGUGGAUGGUUAUCUUGGUUAUUGUAAAAUAUGCUGUCAAAGAAUAGAAGGGGUUUCUGAUGAUGGUUACGGAUGCAAAGAGUGCCGUUUCUACAUACAUAAGUCAUGUGCUGUAUUUCCCUAUGAGUUGCAGCAUCCCUCACAUCCCAAACAUCUUCUUCUCCUCCAACUACAUUCUUGGGAAAAAUGUGCUAAUUGCAACUCCGAUCAGUUCGACUUUAAAUAUAAGUGUCCUCAUUGUCAUGAGUUUUAUCUUUGUCCUGAAUGUGCAUUUCUACCGCUCACCAAAAAAGCUGAAAAUCAUGACCACCCAUUGACCCUUAUGCAAAAAUUAUUGCCAUUCAAGUGUUAUGGUUGUAAGGAUGAAGGCAAUGGCAUGUUCUACUUUUGUUCCACCUGUUCGUUUACGGUCCACUCAAAAUGUACAUCUUUACCAUUGAUUGUACGGCUGCCCACCAUACAAAAUGCAAUUCAUAGCCAUCCAUUGACCCUUAUGCUAGCACUUACGAUCUCCCUCACUUGCGAUGCUUGUGGGAAUAAAACUAAGGGCAUGUUUUACUUUUGUGCCAUUUGUUCAUUUGUGGCCCACCUAGAUUGUGCCCUUUCACCAUCA